GCGAGAGAUUUUUAAGAAUUUUUUUUUUUUGUUAUUUGGGGGUGGAAAAAAGCACAAUUUUUGUUAUUGCUCUCUUUCCAUAAAUACUUUAACAAUGUCCAGAGAAGAAAGAAUUACACAGGCACACGAAAUUAUUCAAACUAUCACUCGAGGUCUCAGUGAUCUUGCUGAGCUUUUAAUCUUUGAGAAGAAUACCGAUGCUAAUGCCCAUGAUAAUAAGAAGAAGCGUAGAGAUCCCAAUGCUCCUAAACCUCCUACAUCCAACUUUUUCCUCUUCACCAACUCUAUCAGAGAUGCUGUAGACAAAGAAUUCCCUGACGCCACUUUUGCUGAAAAGUCAAAGAUUUAUGGUGCUAGAUGGCAAUUACUUUCUGAAGAGGAAAGAAAGCCUUUCACUGAAAAAGCAAAUGAGGAGAGAGACAGAUACAAGGAAUUAAUGGCUACUUAUGAAGCUGAACGUGGAGAGAAUCAUGUUGAAAAGAAAGCUAAGAAGGAGACUCCUGUCAAGGCUUCUAUCGCUGCACCUUCUACCAGCAAGACCGUUACAAAGGAAACCUCUUCCAAGACCAAGGAGGUCCCUACCAAGGCCAAGGAAGUCCCUACCAAAGCCAAGGAGGCUCCUGCCAAGGCCACCAAAGCCGCCAAAGCUGCACCUACAAAGACUACCAAAACUGUUACCGAAAAGGUCUCAAAAUCUACAGAAAAGCCUGUUGAGACUGCCAAGUCGACCAAGGCUGCUACCAAGGCUGCUAAAGCUGCUGCUAAAGCAACUCCUGCCAAGCCAGUAACCCCCGCCAAAGCCGCACCAAAGGCCGCUCCCAAGCCUGUUGAAUCUUCAAGCUCUGAAUCCGAUUCUGAUGAUAGCUCCAGCUCUUCUGAUUCCGAUAGCGAUUAAACUUUCUGUCAUACGAAGUUUCUGAAAUUUAUCUCAAGUGUUUUAAAGAAGAAUAUAUAUAUAUAUAUAUAUAUAUAUAUAUAUAUAACAAAAAAAAAAUAUGUAUAAAAUAAACCGUAUAUCUUUAUUUUUUCUCGCGGUCA